AUGCCAAUCAAUUCAAACCAAAGACAUUGGAGCAGAAAAAUUGGUCCUUCUGUUGCUAGUCUUCGUUCUUUUUUUAUUUCAGUAGUAAUUCUUUGUUUUUGUUCUGACUCACUCACACACAAUCUUUAUCUUUCGCGUUUUCUUUGUUUGUUUGAUUAUUUCUUUCUUUCCUUCUUUCUUUCUUUCUUUUCUUUCCUUCUUUCUUUCUUUCUUUUCUUUCCUUUCUUUCUUUGUUUGUUUGUUUCUUUCUUUUUUCUUUGUUUCUCUCGUUCUUUGUUUGCUUGUUUCUUUCUGUCUUUCUUUCUUUGUUUCUUUCUCUAUUUGUUGUUUGUUUGUUUGUUACUCUUCUUUUUCUUUCUUUCUUUGUUCGUUUCUUUUUUCUUUCUUUCUUUGUUGUUUGUUUCUUUCUUUUUCUUUCUUUAUUUGUUAGUUUCUUUCUUUCUUUCUUUUUUGUUUCUUUCUUUGUUCGUUUCUUUCUUUAUUUCUUUCUUUCUUUGUUCGUUUCAUUCUUUCUUCCUUUCUUUCCGUUGUUCCUUUUUCUGA